UCCAGCACAAUAUUUGAUCAGGCGUCUGGGCGGGCACCAUCCUUGGCAAAUUGAAACUUGCACACACAUACUGUUUAAUACAUAGGAGGAUCACACAGGCAAACACUGAAGCUCUGGAAAAAGGUGUCUCUUCUGAGUCUGGGUUGGUGCAAAGUUUGUGACACAAUGCACUGGGUUCCUGUUCUUAUUAUAGCUGCUCUCUGUGGAGUGAGCUUGAGCCAGUAUGAUGACCAGUAUGAUGACAUCUUCUGGCUGCAACAGUAUUUACGCAGCCAGUCUUCAUCUUACAGCUACUCACCAUAUUACGAAGAUGAGAUUCCCCCAUACUCUUCCUACUCCUACGCACCAGCUGAAUCCUCUGUCGGGGAGCCUGUUCCUGAACCACCUGUAUCUAGGGAAUGCCCCCAGGAAUGCGAAUGCCCACCCAACUUUUCUUCUGCCUUGUACUGUGACACUCGCAACCUCAGAUAUCUUCCUUUUGUGCCAUCCCGGAUGAAAUAUGCUUACUUCCAAAACAACCAAAUUAUGGCUAUUCAAGAGGGAGCCUUUGACAAUGCUACCAGCCUGGAGUGGCUUGCCUUACAUGGCAACCAAAUUACCAGUGAAAAGAUGGGAAAGAGGGUCUUUGCUAAGCUCAAGAAUCUAGAGAGGUUGUACCUUGACCAUAACAACCUGACCAAGAUGCCUACCCCUUUACCACGGUCCCUGCGAGAACUUCACCUGGCAUAUAAUCAAAUCUCCAAGGUUCCAUCCAAUGCCCUUGAAGGCUUAGAGAAUCUCACUGCCCUGUAUCUCAGCCAUAACCAGAUCCAUGAAAUUGGCUCAAACCUCAAGGGGUUAAAGUCUCUGAUUCUUGCAGACCUAAGCUAUAACCAACUCAGAAGAGUCCCUGAUGGCCUUCCAAGCUCCUUGGAACAGCUCUAUCUAGAGCAUAACCACAUACACACUAUCCCUGAUGACUACUUCAAGGUUUCUCCAAAAUUGCUCUAUGUACGAAUGUCUCACAACAGCCUUUCAAGUGAUGGGCUCUCCCCCAAUGCCUUUAAUGCCAGCAGCCUCCUGGAAUUGGAUCUCUCUUACAACAGGCUUCAGAAGAUACCACGCGUCAGUACAAGCCUUGAGAAUCUCUACCUCCAAGGGAACCAAAUAAAUGAAUUCACCAUCAGCAGCUUCUGCACCAUUGUAGACAUCAUGAAUUUUUCCAGGCUACAAGUCUUGAGACUGGAUGGGAAUGAUAUCCAUCGGAGUAAUGUGCCCUCUGAUGCCCCACUCUGCCUGCGAUGGGCCAGUGUCAUAGAGAUUUAGCCACUGCCUUUCUUUAUUUUCUUAAACAGUCAGAAAAAGGCCAAAUCCUUCUUGCAAUCACAUUUGGGGGGAGGGGAUAGAGGCCUACAUUCUCAAGUUAACACUGCUUAAUUUGAUUUGGCUUUUGCAAUUGUAUAAUGUAGGAAAGACUGGUAACAUGAUCCAACAGAUGUGGCACAUAUUAGCCAUUCUGGUGAUGACACAUAUAUGCAAGCAAAAUCUUUGACCACCUUUACCACACCUUCUCUCUGUUCUACCUCUCUCAGCAGCUGAACUGUAACUUUCUCUUAUUGAGAUACUGUCAGGCAGUGUUUGUCUCUCCUUUUGGGUAGGUAGUGGAGAAGAUGUUUGUUGCUGCUGUUGUUUCAUUUCACAUGCAUUGCUUUAGAAGUUUAGUGCCUUUCGGCUAUGUUGCUCCAUGUAGGAGGGACGCAAGGGGAAAAGAGCAUGUAUAUGUUGUUGGGAGGCAGACAGAGAAGACUGAAGUCAAACAAAAUGAAAACAGAUUAAACAACUGGUCGCACAACAAGGAGAAAUUAGAGAAACAGGGUGGGGAAACAGCAAAAGAAACAGAAAGAGGGAGAAAAUUACUGACAGGGUAGGAGCCAGCUUUUCAGAUGGUUUUCAAACAUGAAUAUGGCUCCCCUGGUAUCAAGCUGCUGAUUAAGUAGCAUCCUCCUACCAUUUUAUCUCUCUAUUUUUAAUUUGUUUUUUUCCAUAUUGAUUAGAACAACACACAAAUAAAUGAGUGAGGAAUCAAAAGCCACACAGUCACUCAAACACAUGUAAUAACAAAAUGACAUACUGUAAUCAUGAUGCAGUAUAUCAAAUUCUACCAUGCAGUUCCCAAAUCAUAUCACUCAUAAAAAUGUUCAUCAUGAUUGCUAUGGAAGGAUACAAGAUAAAUGUACCCCCAAAUACUUUCACAACUCCAGAGAGAGUAAUUUUGUUACUUCACUGUUCUUACACUUUUUAAAACGUUCAACAGCCAUGUUUUAAUGUCAACUUUAUAUUUUACUUCUUCCACUUUUGUGUAGUCAGUAACUUGGUGGCAGAAAGAUUUAGAAAAAUGCUUCCAUCUGGAUUUUGAAGCUAUUGUUUUUAGACAGAUUUAAAGAGCAAUUACUGGGUCAGUUACUAAAGUCCUCCAAAUCAUUUAUAGUUUCUCACAACUAGGCAGGUCCAUUAUAUGUGUGGAAAAUCCAUAUUCACACUACAUUUGUGUGGGUAGAAAAACAUUCAAAGGAGAAAAAGGAAUUUUAAUGGAUGUGUACAUUUAUGAUGGUACUGAGCCAUACUUGGAGCUUUGGAUACACUGCAUAUUAUUAACCUCUUUCAGCCUUGACUGGAAAGCUUUUUUUUUCAGGCCCCUGCUAUAGAGCAGUUCAGUUUAUUAAUCAGUGCUUGCAAAAUACAGAAUUUCUUUCCAUAUGCUGCUUCUAUGCAUAUAAAGAAUGUUCCUGUUACUGAAGUAACGUUCACAACCAGUUAUAAAAUGUAAUGUGAACCAAGUCAGCAUUAAAGUAUCUGGCAAGAACCCACCAUUAUUCAGCAAGGUAUUAUUUCAGCAGCAUAUCAUGAAAAACUGAGAGAUUUAUGGUUAUACUAUUCUAUAAGUGUCCAUUUGGGUAUACCAAUCCAGUUCAAAUCCAAUCACAUUCAUUCUUUCAACAGAAUCCUAUUCUAGCUUCCCGUGUUUUAAUUGCAUUAGUUGUGACUUUUUGCUUGGCUGUAGAAACAUCUGGGCUGUAUUUUGUGCACUCAGUAGCAUCAAAGCCUGCCCCAAGAAUUUACAUCACCUUUCUUCUUGCAGCUCUCAUCAUUUAGCCUUUGAAUUCCUGUGUUUCUUUAUGAUUCAUGGAGGAGAGGGUAGGAGGCAUACAUAGAAGGAGGAGUGAAUAUUAUAGAGAUCCUGAGACAUUCAAAAUGGCAUCAAAUUCUUUUGUAUUUAAAGUGCAUGCUGAUAAUAUAAAAGAAAUAUGUAGAAGUAUGAACUGUAGAUAUCAUUACUGAUCAAUAAAAUAGUUUUUAUAAUUGCA